CGCCUGCGCUCGUUUGUUUAUUUUUUGUGAUUGACUUGUCUUGGCCGAAAGAGAAGUCUGGGGAAUCCGCAUAGUGCAUUCGAAACCAAAUAUUUACUGUAAAAGAAACGAAAAUGGCAACUUUAACAGGCAGUGCAGCUCCUUGGACUUCAAUGCCCCUUCCUCAUGGAUGGGAAGCAAAAUAUGAACCAAAUAUUGGGAGAUAUUUCUACAUCAACCAUAUGACUAAGAAAACCCAGUGGGUUGACCCUCGGAAAGAGUAUUAUGAGGCACAACAGAGGAGUCCCGCCCAGCCUCGGGCUUAUAUUCCAAUGCAGCCCAUUGUCAAACCUAAAUGUAGAACAUGCAAGACCAAAGAGGUUGAUGUUGAGGGGAGUACUUGCAACGCUUGUAAAGUGACGGAACAGCAGAGGGAGAUCGCUCUCAUGAGAGCAAGAGAACAAAUGGAAGCGGAAAAAAAGCGUCAAGAGCAACAAGCUAAACUGGAGAAGGAGCGGGAGAGACGGCGGGUUCAGUCGGCUCAGCGCAGACAGGAAGCUAAACCGACCCCUCCAGUAGUCGAGACAACUUUCAAUGAACCUCCCAUUGACAAGGAAGCUGUCAAGCGGGAGAUGCGGCACAUGUUUGCUAACACCCAGGCCAAUGUAGUGGACAUGAUAUUAGAGACAUACGACUUCAACAAGGAUGAAGCCAAAACAGCCUUGGGCCUGAUGGGACAAAAAGUUGUCAACCAACCUGUGGCUAAGAAAGCUUCUCCAAGAUCUUCUCCCAAGAAAAGUGCUCCCAUGACAGCAAUGAAAAAACAAACUGUGAAGGCAAAUUUGAAGAAGAAAUUCCCUAAUGUGAGCGAGAUGAUGAUUGAAAUGGCCGUAGAUUCAACCAACUAUGACGAAGCGAAAGCAUCGGCCGUACUCCAUAUGCUGAAGAGUGAUUCAUCCAGCACCCAAAAGGGUGGCGCAUCACAGAGUGGAGGAGUGACCACGGGCCAGAUUGAGGUUACUUUCCCCAAGACAUCGACCACCAAUAGUGUCACGACGGAACAAGCCGACUCAAGUAAAGAAGUGACUUUCCCCGAGUCUCGGCCUUCGUCAAGCACCAGUACUGUGACAUCCAGGAGUACUACCGCUCCCUCUACAUCGGAUUCUCAGAAGCGCCCAACAACGAGUGCCGCAGUGAGUUCACCUAGUAAGAAACCUGCCGCAGUCGGUUCACCCAGUAAGAAAUUUACUGCAGGUGCAAGCAGCUCCAUGGCUACUAAGAAGCCAGCAACCUCCAAAUCUGCAAUGCCCUCCAAGAAGACACCCAGUGGUCCCAAGAAACAAGCUUAUUCUUCACCAGUGAAAUCAAAUUAUCCUGUAUAUAGCCCACCAUCAUCUCACACCAGUACCACCGAAGCUAAAGGACCAGACCCAUCAUUGGUCCAAGGACCUGAUAGAAACAAUCUCCUGCAAGAUUAUAUGCAGAACAUGGGGCCCAAUCCGGAAUACCUCGCUGGACCAAACAAAGAGAAUAUCAUUGGACCUGUGGAGAAGACCGGCAGAGAUCCCACACUUGUAGCAGGACCAGACCAGAACAACUGCAAUGGACCAGAACCUAAUCUUGCCAAGGGGUCUAUGUAUACAAGAACCAGUGGUCCACUGUCUACAGAGCUAUGAGUCUGUUGUGCUAGGAUAUGAUUCUAAAAGAGGGUGAAAACCUCUGAAACCAGUUGAGUUGUUGAAAACAAAUCAAUAAAAGAUUUAGAAAAAUUCAAUAAAUUACUAAUAAAGCUACGAGCAUUAAAAUGUCCAGAACGCUACUUCUAUGAUGGAUAUCCUCCCAUUAGCAAUGCCACUGUGAUCUGUGAUGUUAUAGUUUUGGGGAAGAGAAAAAUUAACUCAGCUAUGAGAAAACCUGUGAUUAGUGGCUA